UUCCGCUUACAGACGUAGCUAGCGAUCAUCACAUCACAUACAUGGCGGCUAGCUCACCGCGGAAUCCCCCUCCUUUCCCUGGAGCAGAGAACCAAGACCCACUUUCCGAAAUGGCAGAUGGAGACAGUGAUGAAGGGGAGGAUGCAUUCGUUGGCAAUAGCAACCCUGUUGCAGAGUCCUUUCAUUCGGACGCAGCCAAAGGUGAAGAACCAGCCGAUGUCUUCAGUGAAAAAGAAACCAGCACCACUGUCAACAGUUCCAUCACAACCUCCAACCCCAAGUCCAACGGUGCCCAUUCAGACGAUGAGAAUGAUCUAUUUGCAGAGGCCUCGGUGGAGCUGUCCAUGGAGAACCCCAGCGCCACAGCCAAGCCCUCCGGAGCUGAAUCCACCCGGUCACUUACACCAAGCACAGCAGCAACACAACCCAAGUCUAUAGAGCAGCUGGAAGAGGAAGAGGGCAAGGACAACUUUGACAUGGAUGUUGCUGUCACCAAUCCAGAGAAAAUUGGAGAUGGCAUGAAUGCUUACAUGGCCUACAAAGUGUCUACUCGGACUACAUUACCCAUGUUCAGGAACAGGACAUUCUCGGUGUGGAGGAGGUUCAGUGAUUUCCUUGGGCUAUAUGAGAAGCUGUCGGUGAAGCACUCCCUAAACGGCUGUAUCAUCCCUCCACCACCAGAGAAGAGCGUUGUGGGGAUGACCAAAGUGAAGGUGGGAAAGGAGGACUCUUCCUCUGCUGACUUUGUGGAGAGGAGGAGAGCGGCUCUGGAGAGGUACCUCCAGAGAGUAGUGUCUCACCCGUCCCUGUUACAAGACCCUGAUGUCAGAGAGUUCCUGGAAAAAGACGAGCUGCCUAGGGCGGUGGGUACACAUGCACUUAGUGGAGCUGGCUUCCUGAAGAUGAUCAACAGGGCGUCUGAUGCUGUCAAUAAGAUGACCAUCAAGAUCAACGACUCAGACACUUGGUUUGACGACAAACUGCAGGAGGUGGAGAGCGAGGAGCUGCAGCUGAGGAAACUCCACGCGGUGGUGGACUCCCUGGUCAACCACAGGAAGGAGCUCUGCGGGAACACGGCGGUGUUCGCCAAGAGCAUGGCCAUGCUGGGCACCUCGGAGGACAACACAGCUCUGUCCCGGGCCCUCUCCCAACUGGCCGAGGUGGAGGACAAGAUGGAGACACUACACCAGGAGCAGGCGGCCAGCGACUUCUUCAUCUUGGCCGAGCUGCUGGCCGACUACAUCCGCAUACUAGGGGCCGUCAGGGGCUGUUUUGAGCAGCGCAUGAAAACGUGGCAGCGUUGGCAGGAGGCUCAGAGCACCCUGCAGAAGAAGAGGGAGGCCGAAGCAAAGCUACUGUGGGCCAACAAGCCAGACAAACUACAACAGGCCAAAGAGGAGAUCACUGAGUGGGAGGGGAAAGUCACUCAGUACGAGCGGGAUUUUGACAGGAUGUCUGUAACCGUUCGCAAGGAAUUCCUCAGGUUUGAGAAAGAGAAGUCCAAGGACUUCAAAAGCCAGAUAGUGAAAUAUCUGGAGUCUCUUCUACAGUCUCAACAGCGGCUCGUAAAGUUCUGGGAAGCAUUCCUGCCUGAAGCAAAGGCGAUAGCAUGAUGAGGACGUUAGGAAGAGACCGACUGCCUUUUUUGAACACUUUACCUCCUGACUAUGUACCCAGAAGACAAUGCAACAGAGCGGAGAACUACUCUACAGCUCAUCCAUAUUAUUUUAGCAUUAGUGAUUUAUUUUCCAGCUCUUCAGUAUGCUCUACAUCGGCACAAUGUAUUGAUUCAACAGAGAUGAAUUUGACAGUAUAGCUUUUCUAUGGAAAUAUGUCAGUGGUGUGAGUGGGAUAUUUUUACUCUGUGUUCUUGGGCCACCCUUGCUCAGAUAGGAAGAGUAUGACUUUCCAAUCCUAAACUGUUAACAUUUUGAGGUACUUCCCUAGAUUAGUAGUGUUUGUUUACAGUAGAGGGCAGUUCAUAACUGUUUACUAAAGCUCAUGAAAUAACUUUUGGAUCCACAAAAACGCAUAGGGGAAUGUAGCAAAUUGUGUGUGUCGUGUGAAAUACCACUUUGACUAGAGAGCUCAUUCAAAUUGAUAGUAUUAGUCCGUCUAAUGGUCCUUAAUUUGUACAUUUCCAGACCUACAGUGACUGCACAAAAUAAUGGAAGCACGGAAUGUAUGUUUAUGUUGACCCAUCAGAUGAGUGGUGCCUGCCUGCGUGUUUGUGCGUGUGCUCCAUUGUUUGAUCAUUAGUUGAUAUACAUCUGUAACCUCAAAUAAUUAUGUUCAACAACAGUCUUUCUGAACUGACCAUCAGUAUGUUGUUCUCUGAAAUGCUAUUUUUAAAACAUCUGUGUUCGAACAUGUAGCCUCAUGAAAUGUGUCAUGUUCAGUGUUGGAAAAAGUACUCAAUUGUCAUACUUGAGUAAAAGUAAAGAUACCUUAAUAAAAAAUGACUGAAGUAAAA